AGUGUAGUCCACCUGUCGCCUCCCUGCCGCUCCAGUCUCCUGAGCACUUCCGCAGCCCGGAGGCGUGAAGGAGGGGGGUGUGUCUUCUGCAGACUUCGACCCGGAGCUGCGCUUCUUGCCCCGCGAGGCCGGUUUCCCUGUUUCUUCCCAGCCGGUUCCGUCUCCUCCCUUGCUUCGCUCGGUGAACCUCCACCCUCCCUCUCACUAAUGCGCGAGGUCUUUAACCCCCGAGGGCGAGCUCCUCGGGAGAGGCGGGGACAGCCGAGCUGUGCGCUAGACCCCCGACGGAGGGGAGCCGCGGGGCUGGGCGCACGCGCGCUCGCCGACCAGCUCCGGCCUAAAUUGCCGCGGGCCCCCGCGGAAAGGACUUUUUUUUUUUUUCCGGACGCGCGCGCGAGGGUCUUGCGUCGGGCUUUUUCCUGCAGGCGGGCGCGCUCUCGCUCCCCGACCUCGCUCCCUGCGUGGCGCGGGCUUGAGGGACUAACCGCUAGGCUGGCAGAGUGUUCCCGCCGCGUCCCCAAAGUCGCCGCCCCCCAGACUUGCCUUCUGGUUUUGCUUGGAGGAGGAGGCUCAUCCUUGUCUCCCCGCCCCCUACUCCCGAGUACUUGGUCUGGAGUCCAGUCCUCGCAGGUUCUUAAGUGACAGUCCUGAGGAAGACCUGGGGGACAAUCGAAGUGAUGGCUCGCCCAAGACUCAUCCCCCUUUGGAAGGACUUUAAACACCUCAUGAAUGAAAAAAUAGAUAAAACGCAUCUCUCAGAGGACAGGAAUGAUGUUGUGGUGCUGAGCGACCAGUCCGAGAUCCUGUUCAGAGAGUCUCGCUAUCCUCAAAACAUGCCACUCAUAUGCCAUUAUGUCACUGAUGCCAACUUCUUUACCUCCCUGUCUUGGGUGACAGCCACCACGAAGGAAAUACUGGCCAUUGUAUGGAUAAAGAACAAGGCUGAGGACAUGGUGGAGAAGAAAAUGUUCUCCAUGAUGGAACGGCUGCCCCCCAUUCAGUCCAUGGUCCACACAGGCUCCUUUCAUGUCAUGGUGGUCUAUUGUGGCGACCUGCUCCUGCGGCUCUUUGGAGACCAUUUCCGGGCAUUCAAACCUCUGGGCAUUGUGUCCUGCCGCUUCAAUAUCACCUGCCUCUGCUAUGACCCGGAAAUGAAAAUGCUUCUGUCUGGCAUCACGGGAGCCGUGGUCACCUGGAUCAUAGAGCGGAAUGGCAGGGGCCUCCAAAUCUCCCACAUGAUCUCCAUGCCCGGAGACGAGAUGAUCCACGACAUUAUGCUGAACGGGCCUAGCGGCACCCUCCUGGCCCUGUGUGAGAUGGUGGUGCGGGUCCUGGAGCGCCAGGGCUUGGGCCUGCUGGCAGAGGUGAAGAGGUUCACGUCCACCACCAGCGGCUCCUCCAUCACCUGUUGCUUCACCUGUUUGGACCAGGGCUUCCUCUACGCCGGAAACACGAGCGGGGAGAUCCAAGUGUGGCACCUGGCCCGGGGCCACUCCCUUCACAGUUUCAAGGCCCACACCACAUCUGUCAUCUGCAUUCGCAGUCGGCCUGAAGCCCACACCCUGCUGACCGGUGGCCGGGAAGGCACGAUCAAGGAGUGGAACCUGACAUCAGGGAACCUGCUGCGGCGGCUGGAACUUGGCGAGGACCUGUACCGGCUGGAGUUCAUCGACGACAUCACUUUCUUCUGCCAGACGACCCACACUUUCUCCCUGCGCCGCCUGCCCUGCUUCUACAGCCUCUUCAACGUCUGCGGUGGCGCCCCCCAGCAGCUGCGCCGGAUCCGCUGCAGUGAAAACUUGUUCCGGAUCCUCUGCUCCACCGAGGAUGGCUUGCUGCAUUUUGUGUCCCCACUCACAGGAGAACUUCUGGCUGUCACCUGGCCUUUCUCCCUCCUUGACCAGGCUGUGGAUUGGGCCUAUGACCCAGACAAAGAGGAGCUCUUUGUGGCAACAGGCACCUCCGAGGUGCUGGUUUUUGAUACCACGCGUUGCCCUUGCCCAGCCAAGUAUCUCCUGUGCACCUCACAGGACUCUCACGACUCAGUCCAGUGCUUGGCCUAUGGACAUUUCCACCUUGGGCGGGGCAUCGAAGGGUUGAUGUUCUCUGGGCACCAGAGUGGGACAGUGAGAGUGCUUUCCCAGCAACAUUGUGCACGGUUAGAAAAAUCCAUGCAUUUCGGAUCUGUUUUGGCACUUUCUACCCUGCCUGGAGGGAGUUUUGGGAGCCGAGAAGAUGCUCUGCUCUGUUCCUAUGGAAUGGACAACUUUGUGCACCUGUCAGAAGCUGUGCUGGAGGGGUUCGGGGUCAGACUGAGCCCCCUGGCUAGCAUCCUCAGUAGCAGUCACCUGAAACACCUGGUCCUCUUGCCCCAGUCUGUCGGAGCCAUCACAGAGAAUAACUCCCUGCGCCUGUGGAAGUUCAACGACGUUCUGGUCUCUGGGUCCCAGCAGGGCACGACCUUCAUUGAGACGCUGCCUCUGCACCAGUGCCCCAUCACAUCGUUUGAUGUCUGUCUGUCCCUGGGUAUUUUUGUCACAUGUGGGAUGGAUGGCUCCGUCCGGGUCUGGAACUUCCACGGCCGGCUCAUAGCCAGGCUGGACUCUUCACUGCACUUUGGCCCCCUCUGCUUUGCCAAUGACAGAGGCGACCUGCUGAUAACUUUCAACCAGAGUAUCUACCUGGUGUCCUGUCUGAAACUGCUGCCCCCAGGCCUGCUGUCUCGCCUCUCCUUCAUGACCAUGUCAGAUGAAGUGCUAGAAAGCCCAAAGCCUUUCAUGCCAAGCUUCUUUCUCUCCUUUGAGGUCCUGUUUGUGCCCAAGUAUGUCUACGUGGGGCAUGGGAGACAGGAGUUAAUGGGGCUGGCUAGCCUAGUCAAUAGGCGGGCCAUUGCCUUUGACCACACCGUGCCACAUGUUGUAGAAGAAGAUGACCAGGGGAGCCCCGUUAUCCUGUCCACCUCCAUAUUUGAGCCCUUGAACCAGGAGGCCUUGGUAAAGGUGAACAAACCUUACCCGCAUUAUGUGAUUCCUCCUCAGCUGAACCUGUCCUGCUGGGAUGGACUCAACCCCUACCAGCUGCUCAAGUACUAUUUUGGUCAAGGGCAGAAAUGGAUCAUUGCCCCAGACUGCUUUAUUCCCAACUCGGUGAUCCGGGCCUGCCUUUGGCCUGAGGGCAGCCCCAUAUUCCUCCAGUGUAAUCUGCACUCGCCCAUUCGAGGUAUCCAAUGGGACAAGUCAGAACAGUUCUUUUUCUGGCAGCAUAUGACAAAAUCCAGAGAUGGCAUAGAGGAGCACUUGUCAGUAAAGGAAGAUGAAGACUUCAUCAAACACAGGGCAUCCGAGGAUGUAACCUAUAGCGUCUUCACAGAUGCCUCAAACCGCAGUUGGCUGGGAAGAAAGAUGAGUGAGAUAGCCAUUAACAGCGUGAUUGAAACCAUACUUAACAUGAUGGUCCAUGCAUCGCCAUUGAAGUACCAGUGCUGUAUUGGUGCUCUGGGACAGAUUUUUGCCUCUUACCAAGUGUCUCCAGCCUUGCGCUCUGAAGCAGCCCACCGUCUGCUGGAUGACACGACCAAUUCCAACCCACUCAUCCGAGAGCUAGCCUGGGAAGGGCUCAAGCGCCUGGGAAUGAUCACUCACCUGUUUGCCAUCCCUCUGGCACAGGGGCUGAUGGACAAAGACCAAAGGGUGAGGGAGAAGACUUUGUCCUUCAUGCCAGAGACUGGGAUCCACACGAAGGCCUCUCUCUUAACCCUGAUCCAGAGCCGAGACACUUACCGGGAAAUGCAGCAAGAAAUGGUUGGGGAAGAGUCUCUGGACCAUCUCCUUGGGAUGCGGGUCACAGAUCUUCAGCUUCUUCAUGCUCAAGUGGAACAGCGGUUGAAUGAAAACAUGACUUUAUCACACGAGGCUAAAAAGCCUGAUUUUACUUUACACAUCACAACCUCUGCCGAGCAAGAAGCCACACGACCCGAUCAAGUCAGAGAACUACAUGAAAUUCCCAGCAAGCCCAUCAAAGUCCACAAACGGGGCCGAGCAGGGGGCAAAAAAACACAUCGAAAAUUACUUCGGGGUCUCAAGAAGACAAAAGAGAUUGUCUCCGAGUCAAGUGUCUUAGAGGGUGAAGGUGACAAGAGUGAAUCUGCAUUAAGUGAGCCAGAAGAAACAACCUUAUUUUCCAGACUUUCCAUCUUCAGUCUAACAGAAGCAGAAACAAAAUAUCUAGACAAAGAUCCCUCCAGGGAUUAUAUUACACUGAAGAUGCUGAAGAAAAUACAGGAUAGAAAAGGCAAGAAAAAACCAGCUCAGAGACACACAAAGAAGCAUAAGAAGAAGGAAGAAACUGAAGUUCUUACGGAGGAAGCUUUGCCUCCUGAAGAUAAAGAACCACUCAGAAGGAAGAGAUACAGGGGCCGGGGUGCCUCUGGGGAACCUGGUUACAAGAGUUUAUCAUGGCGGGAUGACCUGUGUCGUCUUAUGACCUUCAGGAUGUCUGGCUCCCAAACAGAAAUAUCACGAGCUCUCAACAGUGAGCUAGUGACCAUGGCUCAGCAGGUGCUGGUGGAUCAGCAGGCCAGCUGGGACCUGUUUCAGGAGAUCUGCCCCCUGUUAAAGAAAGACUGGGAUGUUCAGCCUGGGGAGAGUCCAUCUGAGGGUGCAGAGCAUGAGGAAGCUUUAUUAGAAGAGAAAACAAUUUAUGAAGAACCAGUUGAAGAGGACCUAGUGAUUACAGGCAGGAGAGUCUCAAAAGCAGAGCUGGACCAAGUGCAAAGGGAAGAAAGGGAUAUGAAGGAAUUAAAGGAGACUGAGAGAAUUUCCAAAAAACGAGAAAAAGAGAGAAAGAAAAAGAAAAAGAAAAUUACCUUUGUAGAACCAGGGGAAACACCCAAGGAAAAGCCAGUUUCAAAGAAAGAAAAGGUCUCAAAGGUGCCCUCUAAGUCAGUGAUAAAAAGACCCUCUCAGGAAACAAAAAUGGAUAAAGAAGAGAAGGAAGUGACCCAAGAAGAGAGGGAUGUCACAAGUCAGAAAGUGGAGGAGCCAGCCAAAGUGAAAGUGAAGGAAGAGCCGCAGGAAAAACCAGCUAAGGAGGAGAAAAGACUAUCUUGGAAGGAGUGGAAGGAGUCCUGGGACCAGUGGAAAAAGGCCCAAAUGGAGACAAAUAUAUCUUGGAAUGAAUGGAAGAAAAAAUGGGAUGAGAAGAGCCAGGAGGAAGAGGGGGAAAAAUCAGUCAAAGACAAAGAGUACCUCUCUGCAGAUGAGACAAAGCCAGAGGAGAAAGAAAAGAAGCUGAAAUGGGACGAGUGGGCACAGGUCUGGGAAAAGAUAUUGUCAGAACAACAUCUGUCCAAAAUGAUUCUAGAGAAGGACAAAGAUGCCCCAGUGAAGAAAGUGACCUCAGAGGAGGAAGUGUCCCCAGAGGAGAAAGAAUUACCUUCUGAGGGAGAGGAAGAAGAAAGUGUAAUAGAACAGCAGAGACAGAUAGAGCAAGAACACAAGCAGGCUAUCAAGGAGAAGAAACGAGCCCGAGCUGAAAAAAUACGAGCCCAAGAAGAGAGAAAGCUGGCACAAGAAGAAGAGAUGCUAGCACUAGAAGAGAGAGAGCUGGCUUUUGAAGAGAAGAGACUGGCCAGAGACUACAGGAAACUGGCUAAGAGAGACGACAGGACAAUCACCCAAAUAUUUUUCAAAACAGAGGAAGAGCUGGCUGAUAGAGAAGAGAAGUUGAGUCACAAAGCGGAGAAACUGGCCCAGGAAAAGACCAGACUGGCCAGGAAAUGGGAGAAACUGGCUCAAGAAGAAGAGAACAUAGCCAACACAGGAGGGAAGCUGGCUGAGGUAAAAGAGAUAAUGGUCCAGAAAGUGGAAAGUAUGACUCAGAAGGAACAAGAACUGGCAAAUCAAGAAAAGGAACUAACCCAGGAUCUGGAUGACGUAACAUGGGAAAUAGAGGAACUGACUUGGAAAGAAGAUGAACUGCAUCAGGAAGAGAUGGGACUCGACGCAGAGGAGGGGGAUCUGAUUAUAGCAGAGAAGAAAGUGCUCUGGCAAGAGGACAGGCUGACUAAGGAGGAAACUAAACUGGCCUUAGAAGAAGAGCUGCUGAUCCAGGAGGAAACAAAACUGUCUUUGGAUGUGGAAAGACUCCCUGAGGAAGAGCAGCGACUGAUCCAGAGAAGGAGAGAGUUAAUGGCCAAAAAGGAAAUACUACUCCAGGAAAAGGAACUUUUAGACCAGAGAAAGGAGGAAACUAGACACAGCAGGAAGAUAAUGGACCAGAAGAAGGGGUCUCUGAAAUCAAGGAAGGAGAAACUGGCUCAGGAGAAGUUCAUAUUGACAAAGAGGAAAGAGAACCUGCUCCAGAAUCAGGAAAGCAUCACCCAGAACAAAGAGAACUUGACCCAAGCAAAGGUGAAACUAGGCUUGUACAAGGAGAGACUGAGUAAUAUAGAAAAGAAGCUGGUGGAUGAAAAGAAGAAACAUUUACAGAAGAAGGACAAACUAACUACGAUAGAGAAAAGACUGACCAAAAAUGGAGAAACUCUAGCUAGGAAACAGCAGAAACUAUAUAAGGACAAAGCGGAUUUAGCUGUGCAGAAAAAGACAGCACUUCAUGGAUGGCAGCUGGUCAAGGACAGUUUUCUUAUCAACAAAGAGCAGGAAUUAGUCAUGAAAAUUAAGAAGCUGGCCCAGGAAAAGGAAAUACUGGAGGAAGAGACAGCAAUUUUAUCUAGGAGAGAGACUCAAGAAUUCCCACAAAGACACUCAGCUGAGACUGAGCUAGAAAUCAUUAAGCACAAAUUGUCAUUAGAAGAGAUGGCACUAGUCUAUGAAGAUAGAGUCAUUGCCACAGAGCAAAAGGAGGUUGUCAGAGGUGAAAUGGAAAUUACUACAGGAGAGAGAAUAUAUGCUAAGGAAGAAAGAAAGCUAGCCAAAGUAGCAAGGAAGUUGAUUAAAGAUGGCAAGAGCAUUUCCAAGGAGCCCAAAGAGAGCAGCAAACUGUUAAGGACACUGCAAAAACUUAUCAAACAAGAAAGGCGCCUAACCCGGGAAGAAAUACAUAUGACAAAGAGAAGGAGGUCAUUAUUCUUGAGGGAAAGGAAACUGAGCAAGGACAGGUAUGCACUGGAUGUCAAAGAGUCAGAGCCAUCAAAGUAUCAAUCAGACAUAUACAGUGAUGAGAAGAAACUGGCUAAGAAGCAGAGGAAACUAGCCAAGGAAAUGAAAAAUAUAAUUAAGAAAGAGAGAAAACUGGUUAAGGAAGAAAUCAUACUAGCUGAAAAAGAGAGGGAAGUCAAAACAGGAGAGGAGGAAGCAUUAUCAGAGGAAGAAGAUGAUACAGUCCCACUGUUCCUUAAACAAAAGCUGAAAAAGAGCAAAGAGUUAGAGAGUGAUGUUGAGGAGCAGAGAGAGUUACCCAGUCAACUGAAGGCAUCUGAAUAUGAAGACAGCUUUACUGAAGAAGUGGAGAAUCUACUAGCAGAAAUGGAGCGAUAUUAUGAGUAUGUGUCGGAGGAGGAGGAAGAGGAGAUACUAGAAGAGGAGGAGCAAGAAGAGGUGGAGGAGGAAGAAGUCGAGGAGAUACAAGAGCUGCAGACAGACAUGGAGGUGGAAGAAGAGGAGGAGAAGUAUGAUGAGGUGGCAGAUGAGGAGAAGGAUGAGGAGGUGGCAGAUGAGGAGAAGGAUGAGGAGGUGGCAGAUGAGGAGAAGGAUGAGGAGGUGGCAGAUGAGGAGGUAGAAGCCAUGGAAGAGAUGGUCAUGGAGAAAAUGGUCAUGGAAGAGGAAAAGGUGGAAAAGUUGGGAGAGGAGGUGGUGGAAGAGUCAGAGGAGGAAGAGGAGAAAAAAAGCAAGGAGGAGGAGGAGGAGGAGGAAGAGGAAGAGAAGGAAAUGUCUGAGGAGGAGGAGAAAAGAACGAGUGAGGAAGAGAUGGCAAGUCCGAGUGUACAAGAAGAGGAGAGAAGCAUAUCAGAAGAGGCUGGCAUGGAAAAAACAAUGCCAACAGAAAAACUGCCUACGUUAAAGGAGAAAAAAAGUAAGGAUCUACGAGGAAGAGUAAAAUUACCUUCAAUUGGGGAAAGAACCCCUGAGGUCAAACAUAGUGAUUUAGAACUGAAAAUUCUGAAAAUCUCUCCGAAGAAACUAAUCCCAAUACCUCUGGGACCUAGGGAAAAGAAGUUCCCAGAGCCAGCAUCUAUGAAACCCACAACAACCGAGGAAAAGGUCACAGUGCCUGAGACACUCAGGGCAUUUCCAUGGUUAAAGAUGAUACAUAAACAAAAAGAACCGUGGGAGGAACCUACAUCUGAACAAAUGACUGAAUUCUCAAAACUGGACUUACACCACCCAUUGGGGAAGACUGUGAAGCCUCGGAGACUCCAGGACAAACCAGCAAGGUCCAAGAGGCUGUGGUUUUUGGGGCAGCGUCCACCUCUGUUGGACCAGCUUCGUGUCCCGGCUGAGGAGACGCUUGAAGAUGUCAGCCGUUCUGAUGUGAUAUGGCUCUACCGGACCAUAGCUCAGAUGCAGGCAGGAGAAGAGCUUCCCCGGGCGAGUUUCCACCGACUGUGCCAGCUCCUUAAAGACCUCACCUCCCAGGGCAACUUAGAGUGGAUACAUCAGGCCCUCCUUAAAUCCAUUGUGCACCGUCACAGUACGACUCUGGAAUCCCAAGGGAAGAGCAUCUUCACACCCAGAAAGGAGCCCAGGGGUCCAAAAUCCCUGAAAGUGAUCCCUCCUAUAAAGAGGAAGGAAACAGAAAGCAGGCUAACACUGUUGGCAGCCCCCACACCAAAGGUGCCACUAGCAACCAAGAGGAUCCAGGACCUGAAGGCUAGAGACUGGCCUCUUCUGGAAGAGCCUUACAGGAGUGUGUGGGCCCAGCAGGUGUCCCAGACCUUGCAAGAGAUGGAGAUGACACACUUCCAUCCUGCCUCCAGAGCUGCUGUAGAAAAACAAACAUGGGCGCUGGUGUUUCAGAAGGAUUUCAGGACCUUUAGAGAGAAAAGUAGACACCUCAGGCUGCCCAAGCUGGAGAAGGUACAGCCCACAUCUAAAGAGAAGGAAGAGGUACCUCCUUGGGAGACAUUUGUGGCACUGUACUAUGUCCUGCAGAUGUUUCGGGAACGAUAUGGAGAAGACAGCAUGACCUGGAGGGAACAGUUCUACCAUCUCAUGGACCUGUACCAAAUUAAGUCCCUCCGAAUCCAGAGACUGCUACAGGAGUUGGUACAGAGAAAAGAAUUCCGACCCAAAGGGCUCUUCUUCAGGGAGGCCCUACACAGUAUGGAGCUUGGGCCUGGGGAGCGGCUAAUCUACCAUCUUUUGUGUGAUCGUUCUUCUAUCUCUAAGAAAUCCCUGGCAUUCCAGGAAGUGGUACCCCUCCCUGAGCAGAACAGUGUGCGUGCUAUCCUGCCCAUAGGCAUCGCCCAGUAUGGGAUCUUAGAACUCGCCUGGAAGAGCCUACCCCAAGCUGAUGUUCACCUCACCAAGAAAUUGCCUCACAUCAUUGCUCCUACUCCCUAACCUGGAACUGACUGUCAGUCAAGGACUUUUCAUUCCCACAUGGAGAACAGUCUUGGUCAUCGGACUCUAGCUGUUUAUAUCUAGGUAUCCCUACACAGAGGUAGGGAAAGGGCAUUGCCUUUCCUUCCGUAUUCCAGAAGCCAGCUUCUGUAUAUGGAAUAAAUAGGAUAUUCUCAUUUGCAACAA